GCGAGGAAAAUGGUGCUGGCCAUGCUGGUGCUGGUGGUUCCGCCACGGCCGGCCUCCCGGGGACUCCUCCGAAACUGUUGGGAGCUGCUACAGCGGAAGCUUCAGCAGAGUCGGCCAGGAUUUCCCAGUCCUCCGUGGGGACCAGCAUUAGCAGUCCAGGGUCCAGUCUUAUUUGCAGAGCCAGCAAAUGAUGCAAGUGGAAGUAAGGAGAAUUCCAGCCUUUUGGAUAGUAUCUUUUGGAUGGCAGCUCCCAAAAACAGACGCACCAUUGAAGUUAACCGUUGUAGGAGAAGAAACCCUCGAAAGCUUAUUAAAGUUAAGAACAAUAUAGACACGUGUCCUGAAUGUGGUCACCUGAAACUCAAACACAUCCUGUGUGGCUAUUGCUAUGAGAAGGUGCGCAAGGAGACAGCAGAAAUCCGACAACAGAUAAAGAAGCAAGAAGGGGGCCCUUUUAAGGCUCCCACCAUAGAGACUGUGGUUCUGUACACGGGAGAGACGCCAUCUGAACGAGAUCAGGGCAAGAGGAUCAUUGAACGAGCCAGGAAGCGACCAUCCUGGUUCACCCAGAAUUGACACCAAAGAUAUUAAAAGAGGCUAACUUCACAGUAAAACAUUUUUCCUAAAAGAAAGGAAGAUUCUUUGUUUUCAUGUUGUGUUUGUUUUUAAAUCAUCAAUAUAGUUUAAAACAUUCUUUAUAAGCAGUUUUAUGUGGGAUAAUUUGAAUAGUAUAUUGUGAGUAAAUUCUGAAAAUGUUUAUGCAAAGGCUCAAUGGAUUAAUAUAUCUGUUUAUUACAUAUAAGUUUUUAAGUAAACAUAGAAUUCCGGGAAAAAAAAUAAAAGAAAAAAUUUAAAAUUCAUAGCAA